CUCUUGCCGUCGCAUCGCGUCGCCCACCACCACCACCACACUUACCACCACCCGUCUCAUAAGUUACCGCAGAGGAUAUCCUGACUCCGAGGCCGCAGUCACUGCUAGUCAUCUGCUAUCUAUUUCAAACCUCAUUAUACAGACUGGCACAGAUCUAUGCCUGAAAAAAUCUUGUGGCUGAAGCCGUAAUAUUACGUCUUUGCAGGACCUGAGCGAUCCUGCCGCCACCAGUCGCAGUCGCAGUGUCGUCUACUUCUUCAAGAGUGGGCUCUCAGAACCACCCUCUCCGAGAUCCCGGAAAGCCCGCCUGGGCGCUCAGGGCCUAUGAAUUCUCAACGGUCCCACGGCGGCGGUGCCUUUGACCGCGAGCGCGAUCCCCGCGAACGUGACCUCGACGAGCACCGACACCGUCCACUUACACAAGAGGAAGCCGCCAAUCGUGACCGUGAGCGAGACAUCGAUCGUGAACGCGAGCGGGAACACGCCGACCGGCAGCAGCCACGCGAGGCCUACCCGCCCGGAGCACCUCUUCACAGCACCGCCGGCUCGAUACCGAUCCACCAGCCCGUAGCCUCGCGAAUAGCGGGCGUCAUCCACAGCCCUGGUGGUCUCUUGGGUGCCCACAACGGCGCGCCCGGCGGCCUGCCCUUGGGCGCCCCGACGACGCAGUUAGCUGGUUUCGGCGGGCCGAUCCACAGCGAUCCCGCAAGGCAGAUGCCGCCUCAACCCCCGAACCAGAACAGCACGGGUGGCCAACAGCACCAGAUGUUUGCGCCGAUCCCUCAGCAAGCGGGAGGGCCCAACGGCUCCCUGGGACCUGGGGGUAGCCCUGGAUCCGUCUUUGGCGGCCCGCUACAGACAGAAAAUGGUCGGGCACCUGUUCAGCAGGCCCCUCCGCCCGCUGUUGUUCCUCCAGCACAAACAAGCUCUGCUGCUGGGCUCUCGCAGCAGGGCUCACAGCCUAUUUUGAAUGAUGCGCUCAGCUACCUCGAUCAAGUCAAGGCUCAAUUUCAUGAACAACCCGAUGUUUAUAACCGAUUCCUCGAUAUCAUGAAAGAUUUCAAGAGUCAAACAAUCGACACUCCUGGGGUGAUCAACCGAGUUUCCGAUCUUUUUGCUGGACAUCCGAAUCUCAUACAGGGUUUUAACACGUUCUUGCCACCCGGUUACCGGAUCGAGUGCGGGCUGGACAACAACCCCAACAGCAUAAGGGUUACUACACCUUCAGGUUCGACCGUCCAUUCAAUUGGUGCUGGAAGAGGCGCACUGCCGCCCGUGGACGGAUCUGCAGGACCCCCUGGUCAGAACGCUCAGUAUCUCGGUCCCAACAGCCGGCCAGGGAACUGGCAGCAGUCAGUACAGCAUAGUAUUGAGAGUCCUGAAGCCCAGUUCAGCGCACCUGCGCAGCCGGGACCUGGUCCAUUUGGCCCUGGCGGAGCUCCAGGGGCCCAGUUCGAUGGCCACAGCCCUGCGCAUCAACAGCGUGUCGUGAGUUCAGGACAGCAGCCUGCAGGUCCUGGCUCUGGGCUUGUAGCGGGCCCUGGCUCGGCGAUGCCUGGCCCUAUGGCCAGAAAUGUACAAACCCCAACGCCAGGUGCGCAGCCGGCUUCGUUGAAUGGAAGUUCUUCGCAGCAAGGCGGUCAGCGGGGACCAGUCGAGUUCAACCAUGCUAUAAGUUACGUCAACAAGAUCAAGAACCGAUUCCAGGACAAGCCCGAAAUCUACAAACAAUUUCUUGAGAUACUGCAGACGUACCAGCGGGAACAGAAGCCGAUCCAGGAGGUGUAUGCUCAGGUUACCACCUUGUUCCAUACAGCCCCAGACCUGCUGGAGGACUUCAAACAGUUUCUCCCCGAGUCUGCUGCUCAGACCCGCACGUUUGGCCAACGACCCGCCGAGGAUGGCGGCCUUUUGAACCACAUCAACCAGAUGCCGCAAGCUACAAACCCCGCUAGGGAAGGCCCCAAAAUGCCUCCUGUUGGCAAUUUUGCCGUUCCGGUCAGUGCCAGCAAGGACAACAAGAAGCGACCGCGCAUAGAAAAGCCACCCGCUGCAACGCCUCAGGCUCAACAGUCGCCGGCUGUUGGGUCCGCCUCUAUCAACAGCGCGAACAAACGGACAAAGACCACGCAUAAGCCUUCUGGCGAUGGUCCUUCUAUUGAGCCGUCGUUGACGCCCAUUGUGCCUGAACCAAUGAGCCCGUCUGCGUCGACAAGUGUCUCCCAGGAGAAGGCUCUCAACUACCUUGAGCGCAUCAAGAAGCACAUUGGAAACAGGACAACUCUGCACGAAUUUUUCAAACUUAUCAAUCUUUACACCCAGGGCCUGAUCGAUAAGAACGUGCUCGUCCAAAAGGCUCAAAUGAUAAUAGGCGCUAAUGUCGAACUUAUGACAUGGUUCAAGAACUUUGUUCGGUACACUGGGGAUGAUGAGUUGGUUGAGAACAAGCCUGAACCACCUACUGGCCGUGUGUCACUCAGCAACUGCCGCGGAUACGGCCCAAGUUACCGACUGCUACCUAAGCGAGAACGACUAAAGCCAUGUAGCGGACGCGACGAGCUGUGUAAUUCAGUUCUGAAUGACGAAUGGGCUUCUCACCCGACAUGGGCCUCGGAAGAUAGUGGAUUCGUGGCCCAUCGAAAGAACGCCUUUGAAGAAGGCCUUCAUCGGAUUGAAGAAGAGCGUCACGACUAUGACUUUUUCAUCGAAGCCAAUCAGAAGUGCAUCCAGUUGCUAGAGCCAAUUGCCCAGCAGAUGCUGACCUUGAAUCCUGCCGACAGGCAGAACUUCAGGAUGCCCAGUGGGCUGGGAGGCCAGAGCACUUCGAUCUACAAGCGAGUACUUAAGAAGGUGUACGGUGCAGACAAGGGUGCUGAAGUAGUCAAUGACAUGUUCCAGCAUCCCUUCACCGUGGUACCUAUAGUAAUGGCUCGCCUCAAGCAGAAAGACGAGGAAUGGAGGUUUAGCCAGCGUGAGUGGGAAAAGGUAUGGCAAAGUCAAACAAAAGCCAUGCAUCUGAAGAGUCUGGACCACCAAGGAAUCCAGGUCAAGGGUAACGACAAGCGGACUCUGUCUGCCAAGCACCUGGUUGAUUUGAUCAAGACCAAGCACGAAGAGCAAAAGCGACAACGGGUCAACAAAGGCAAAGCGCCAAGGGUCCAGCACCUUUGGUCAUUUACGGACCAGGGCGUUCUGCUGGAUUUGCUCCGGUUCAUGGUUUUGUACGCAAUGAACAGCGGGCAGCAUGGGUCUUCUGAAAAGGACAGGAUUCUAGAGUUCUUCGAGAACUCGGUGCCACAGUUCUUCGGAAUACUUCCUGAGCAGGUCCGUCAGCAUCUCGGCGAUAUCGACCGCGAUGCUGGCGAGGAGGAGGCUGAUGACAACACGCCUGCUGAAUUGACUAACGGCCGAAGCCGCCGGAAUGGCAAGAAAUCAGACCUCCUUCGUGGGCUCUUGGACCCAGGUCGCAACGGCAGCAAGACUAGGAGUCAGCCCGAGGAAAGCAACACAUCGGCCAGCAAGGAAACCACGCCUGAUCAGGGCUCGACUAAUGAGGAGGAGAUGGCCGAUGCACCGGAUGAUGGUUCUGCUACCGCAGAGAACGCCAACAACGAAAGGUGGCUGCAAAAUCCUCCAAAGGCAACCGUACUGUCUGGUUACAAUCCUCUGAGCGACGGAGACAGCGAACUCAAGGCCGACGGACUCUUCCCGCGGCCCUGGUACAAUUUCUUCUGCAAUCAGACGAUAUUUGUCUUCUUCAGCGUCUUCCAGACAUUAUACAAGCGCUUGAAGACAGUCAAGGAAAGCAGGGAGAGCGUGUUGGAGGAGAUCAGGCGAGAGAGGGCAGACAAGCCUGCCAAGCAGUUGGGCCUGGUUCAUGACGAGAUGAACUACUUUGAUGGCGAUCCCGAGACAUUCUGGCCAAGGACGGUUGAGCUGAUCGAAGAUUUCAUCACGGGUGAAAUAGACGAGAGCAGGUGUCAGGACGUCCUACGCCAUUACUAUCUACAGUGUGGCUGGACUUUGUACACCAUUCAGGACUUGCUCAAAACCUUGUGCCGGCAAGCUCUCGUUUGCAACAACUCUGACAACAAGGAGAAGACACCAGAUCUUGUGCAACAAUUCCUGACUGCCAAGAGUCAGGAGGAGACUAGUUAUCAGGUUGAGAUCAGUGCCCGCAAGUUUGCGGAAAAGUGCAUCAAGGAUGGCGAGAUGUUUAUGAUUACUUGGGCCCCAAGCAGCAAUGAGGCAACAGUACGCUGGUUACCAAAGGAGGACACGACCUUCCAUGCGGAAGAAAUGGAACCGACGGAUCGCUGGAAGUACUACAUCGCCUCCUACAUGCGAGUCGACCCGACUGAGGGGGUGCCUAAGCUGCGUCUCCAAAAGACGGUGUUAGCACGCAACCUGCCAUCCUCAGACUCGGACUCGGACGACGGUGCUGUCCCUAAGCCGCUUUCAUACAGUGAAGGUCUUGGCCUGCGAAUCUGCGUCAACUCGUCCAAGAUAGUAUACGAGAAGGAGACGUCCGAGUACACAAUCUACAACAUGACGUCGCUCUCAGAGGAGAGGCGUGCUUUUGAUAGGGACCGGCGAGCUCAACUAUUCCGCGAAAAGCUGAUUAUGAACAACGCCUGGAUGAAGGAUCUGAGCCAAGUCGAGGUGCAAGGAAUGAACGAGGAUUUCCAGCGGUGGGCAAAGGACGGCAUUGUACCAGGCACCUCAUCAACCGGCGGUGCUGGGUCUUCUGCAUAAAACCUUUGCAGUGACGAGCUGCGUCGGUGUGCGUUCGCAUGCGUAGCCAUUUGUAAUUCUUUUGUGCUUUAUUCGUCUUUUAUGCUCUUUCGCAGUCCACCGUCGUCGGUUGGGCCCAAGGGGUUCUUUUUUUACGGAGUAUUCUCCUUUUUUUUCUUUUCUGUUUUUAUCGGUUGCAUAUCGGGUUUAGGGUCUCGCUUGCCUUUCUGAAUUACUUUUACUUUCCAUUUUACUUUGCCGGCGCUCGGUGAAAAUUCACUGAGGCGAGUCCGGUAGUGCCUUCAAUCGCUGGGUACUCUGUUUUCUUUUUUUCUUUCUUUUUUUUUCUCGCCCUCUUCAUACUUUGUUCAUUUUAUGUUAUUCUUGUCGUUUGCUUUUAUCUCUUUUUUUCGACAUUCCCUGCCCGCCUGGCGUUGAUCAAAGUGUCCUGGACAAGAAAAUGAAUUGCAGUCAGUCAAAAAGGGUUUGUUGAUAUUAGACCCGAAAUCAUUACAUACAUACGCAUAGAUUGACGCGGUUGAUAUUUCCUAAUACAUCAUUUACAUUGCGAUGAGA